AGUGUUAUCCAAAGCAGAACAAAGAGCCAUUGAACUUUGACUAUAAUAUUCAGAGUUCAGAUUACUCACUCUAAUCUUCUAAGUUUUCAUUUUGGGGUUUAAGUUUCUGAAGGAAAAAAAAAAUGAUAAAGUUUGUUCUAUUUUUGUUCUGCUUUGCCUCUGCACUGACCCUUUCAGUAUCGGAGUCCAAAUCAGCUUCAGUGCAACCUCAUGCUGCUGAAUCUUUCUCUGUUGGAUAUAUUCAGAUGAAGACUGCAGCGAACUGUUCUUACCUGGUAGUUAUAUCUACGAGUUGUUCAUCGCCUAAGUUCACAACGGAUAAGAUCGGUAUCACGUUUGGGGAUGCUAAUGGCAACCAGGUAUAUGAACCAAGACUGGAUGAUCCAAUUUCAAGGACAUUUGAGCAGUGUUCUUCAGAUACAUUUCAGAUAGAUGGUGCUUGUGCAUCUCCAAUUUGCUAUGUGUACCUAUAUAGAUCUGGGGCAGAGGAAGGUUGGGAGCCUGAGAGUGUGAAAAUCUAUGGCUACAACUCAGAGCCUAUUACUUUUGAUUUCAACACCUCCAUCCCCAAUGGCACAUGGUAUGGGUAUAAUCUGUGCGAGACUCCUUCUUCUUCAUACCAACUAUCCCCUCAGAAAUGGUUCAUGAGUUUGGUUCUAGGCUCUGUUCUUAGUUUUUGGCUGUAAUAAUGUUAUGCAAUUAACUUAAUCACACAUAGCAAUACACCUUUUACAUAUAGCCGUGAAAGGUGAAACUUAGUAGUAGUAGUAUUCUAUGCCGAAAGUAGGGACAUGAGAUGUGUAAGGCCAAAGUCAGUUGCUUUGUGACUUGGUGGUUUUCAUGCUUUGUGGGAGUUAUGUUAAAUUUAAGUUAAUGUUAUGAAAGGAGAAAUUCUAGUAGUAUACUCUAA